UAAAUGCUGGGUGCCAGCAUCAGGCACGGGAGCUCCGGCGGGAUGCGGGCGGCGGUGCCGGUGUCGGUGCCGGUGUGCGUGUGCUGGCUGGGGGCUGUGCUGCUGGCGGCGGAGCGCAGCCCGCCCCGGCUCCGCCUGCCCUACCGCGACCUUUUGGGCACCAACCGCUCCAUCCUCUUCUUCGGCCACCGUGGCUUCCUGGGCUUCCGCUCCCUCUACCUGGAUGAGUACCACGACCGGCUCUUCAUUGGGGGGAAGGAUGUGCUCUACUCCCUGCUCCUGGACAGGGCCAACACAGACGCUAAGGAGAUCUACUGGCCCCCGCUCCCUGGGCAGACAGAGGAGUGCUUUCGGAAGGGGAAGGACCCAGGGACCGACUGCGCCAACUACAUCCGUGUGCUGCACCCCUACAACCGGACACACUUGCUGGCCUGUGGCACAGGUGCCUUCCACCCUGUCUGCGCCUUCGUCUAUGUGGGGCACCGUGGUGAGCACACCUUCAGCAUGGACCCCAGCAGCGUGGAGCCCGGCCGGGGCAGGUGCCCCCACGAGCCCAGCGGUGCUUUCGCCAGCACCCUCAUUGGAGGGGAGCUGUACACCGGCCUCACCGCAGACUUCCUGGGCCACGACCCCGGCAUCUUCCGCAGCAUGGGCACCCGCUCUGCCUUGCGCACCGAGGUGGACCAGCGCUUACUCAAUGACCCCAAAUUUGUGGCGGCCCACAUGAUCCCAGACAAUGAUGACCGGGACAACGACAAAGCCUAUUUCUUCUUCACGGAGAAGGUGGUGGAGGCAGACAGCAAGGAGCACACCAUUGUCAGCCGGGUGGUGCGGGUCUGCGUGAACGAUGCUGGUGGCCAGAGGGUGCUGGUCAACAAGUGGAGCACCUUCAACAAAGCCCGUUUGGUGUGCUCUGUCCCCGGCCCCGAUGGCAUAGACACCUACUUCGAUGAGCUGGAGGAUGUCUUCCUACUGAGGACGAAGGAUGGGAAGAGCCCGGAGAUCUACGCCCUCUUCAGCACCACCAGCCACGUCUUCCAGGGCUCUGCUGUCUGUGUCUAUCGCAUGGCCGACAUCCGGGAGGUCUUCAAUGGGCCCUUCGCCCACAGAGAGAGCCCCCACCACCAGUGGGGUGCCUACGAGGGCAGGGUGCCCUACCCACGGCCAGGAGUGUGUCCCAGUAAGACGACCAACCAGCCCCGGCGGCAGUACAGCACCACCAAGGACUUCCCCGACGAGGUGCUCCGCUUCGCCCGCGCUCACCCUCUCAUGUACAAGCCCCUGUACCCCCGGCACCGCCAACCCCUCCUGGUGAAGACCGACCUGCCCCAUCGCCUGCGCCAGCUCGUGGUGGACCGGGUGGAGGCUGAGGAUGGGCAGCACGAUGUCCUCUUCCUCGGGACCGAUGCUGGCUCCGUGCUGAAGGUGGUGCUCCUGCAAAAGACAAGCUCAUCCACGACUGAGGAGAUCGUCCUCGAGGAGCUGCAGGUUUUUAAGGCACCCGUGCCCAUCACCCAGAUGGAGAUCUCUGUCAAGCGCCAAAUGCUCUACGUGGGUUCCAGCCUGGGGGUGGCCCAGGUACAGCUGCACCAGUGCGAGACCUAUGGUACGGCCUGUGCCGAGUGCUGCCUGGCCAGGGAUCCCUACUGCGCCUGGGACGGCAGCGCCUGCACCCGGUACCAGCCCUCCGGCAAGCGCCGCUAUCGCCGCCAGGGUACCCGCCACAGUCACCCUGUGCACCAGUGUCUGGACCAGAACCUCACCGUGGAUGACUUUGAGAGCGUUGAGGAGAAGGUGCUUUACGGGGCGGAGAACAACAGCACCUUCCUGGAGUGUGUUCCCCGGUCCCCGCAGGCCAGCAUCCAGUGGUUCGUCCAGAGGCCCCCCGACGAGCAGCGGGAUGAGGUGAAGACGGACGAGCGGAUCCUGCAGACCCAGCAAGGGCUGCUCUUCCGCAGGCUGCACCGCCGCGACGCCGGCAUCUACUACUGCAAGACACUGGAGCACGGCUUCACCCAGACGGUGGCCAAGACGGCUCUGGAGGUGAUUGUGAGUGAGCAGCUGGCACACAGCUUCCCCCGGGAUGAGCUCCCACACCUGCCUUGUCCCGAGCCCCGGCUGGCGCCGCAGGCUCCCAAAGCCUGGUUCAAGGACAUCAUGCACCUCAUCAGCUCCCACAGCCUGCGGCGGGUGGAGGAGUACUGCACCCGCUUCUGGUGCGGCAGCCGCCCCUACCACCGCAAGAGCAAGCCAGGCCGGGACAAGCACGCCCUGGCUGGUGUGGACACGGGCAAGAAGGGACGGGUGGCCAAACCCCAUGGCGAGAGGAGCCGGGUGCCCCGACAGGCAGUGGCCACUUAGAGAAGGCAGGGGAACGGC